AUGUCGUCACAGUGGUCGCAAGGUGUCGUACCGCCUCCCGAGGGCGUUACGCCCAACUUGGUCAACCCUCCAAACCAGUUGGAGAAGAAUAUCGCAAUCCACGCUGUCUUUCUCACCCUGAGCACGCUAUCCGUGGUGAUGAGAUUAUACACUCGCAUUCAUGUAUCUCGGGUUAAAUUAGGUGCCGACGAUUGCCGCCACAGCAACCUGGUCAGGAGUUUCAGAUGGGGAAUCGGUCGUCAUAUGUGGGACGAGCCUCCGGCCUGGCUUGUAUCUGCGUUGAUGUACCAGACUAUUGCCUCCCAGAUCUAUCUCGUCGCUGCCACCGCUAUCAAGCUCAGCCUGCUCUUCUUAUAUCGCCGCCUGAUGAACCUGCAAACGAAGCGGACAACGAAGUAUCUAAUCGACGGAGGCAUCGUCGUCAUUCUUCUCUUCAAUAUUGGACUGCUACUUGGCAUCAUCUUCUUCUGCAUACCAGUACAAAAGGCUUGGGAUAACUCCAUAGAGGGUCGCUGCUCAUCUCCUGCGCCGCUUUCCUACCUUUCUGGGGUUUGGAACUCUCUGGUAGAUAUCUAUGUGCUCGUACUUCCUAUUCCCCUUGUAUGGGGGUUACAUAUGGGCCCUAGGAGGAAGCUGAGACUUGCUGCUGUCUUCAGCGUUGGUAUAUUUGCGUGUGCGGCAAGUAUUGUUAGGCUAGCGUUUACGCCUGUCCUACAGAGCGAUCCCGACUCUACAUACAAUAUCGCGCAGGUUUCAAUUUGGGCAACACUCGAGAUCAACAUCGGACUUAUCUGCUCCUGUCUCAUAUUACUACCUGCAUUCCUUCGGCACCACCUACCAGAGAGUACCAAGUCAUACUUGCGUUCCAUCUCUGUCAGCAAAUCGAAGUCGAAGAAGAGCUCAAUGAACGACAAGCAAGAUGGCUGGCAAGGAUACCAUCACCAGGUUGGUUCGGACUCGCAAAAGCUUGUUGCUUUGGGACAGGAAUCCCAAAUCAGGAGAACCGACACGUUUACGAUGCAGAGCAUGCCCGCGACAAGUGCACCAAUGGAUCUGGAGGCCGGGGAGCCGAUGACAGUGAGGAAGGCCUUCUAA